GCAUACUUUCCAAUCACGUUCCACAAAAACUGGUUUUCGAACGACGGCAUUGCGAGGGGACGGGGAGAGAGCGAAGCCGCGCGAGCCAGCGCGAGGCGGCGCGAGGCCGGUCACCGCACUGCACUGGACCAGUGAGCGGAAUCGGCUUUUUACCUCCACACGUUUGUACUUUUGUUGAUUUGCGAUAUUCCGCAUAAUAUAAUGUAGGUACACAGUACACGGAUAUUUAAGACCACGCAAUGGCUCUAAAACUUUGUGUACCUACCUAGUGUGUUAGAUUUUUUUCUAAAACAGUGUGCAUAUUAGGAGUUGUAGUAUAGUAACGCCGGCUUUCGUUGCAACAAUGGAAACUUUUAUAGAAGGCGUUCGAUUGCAUCCCUGUUUAUGGAAUCCGAUGCAUCCCGAAUAUCGCGAAGUGCACGUCAAAGAUGAAGCUUGGCAGCGAGUAGUAGAUCGUUAUAACAACAAAUCUAUUCCUAAUAUACAAGUCGCGAAAACUGAAUGGAAGAAACUACGAGAUAACCAUCGCGACGCUCUAAAGAGAGCUAAACUUGGGAAAAAUAAGCUACUGCCAGCUCAAAUCACUACUUGGAAAUAUGCUAAAGCUAUGCAGUUUCUAGAACCACAUAUGAAGUAUCGAAUUACAGAAAAUAUAGAGUUUGAAGCUCCUUCGGGUGUAAGUGGCAGCGUAAAAAAUUCUGAGCAUGACGUCACAACAACUGACAAUGCUGAAAAUGUUUCCAUAAACGGUCACGUAUCCAAAAAAAGGUGUGUAGAAUGUAAAAGUGAUCUCCGUCAUGAAGGAGAAGCUCUCGAGUCUUUCUUCAAUUGUAUUCUUCAAACUACAAGAACCAUGCCCCUGUGGAUGCAAACUCAAGUGAAGAAGAAAAUAUUCGCGGUCAUCAUAGAAGCAGAAGAAUGCCUAUCUGGGCAAGAACAGGAGCAAGACCUUAAAGAACAACAUGAGGCCCUGGUGCCUAUCGAAAAGAAGAUAAAAACAGAAAUUUACAACGAGGAUAGCUGUGAUAACGAAUAUUCGUAAUAAUUAACAUUUCUAAGAUUCUUUAAGAGUCUUUAUAUGUAAGAGGCACAUAUACAGGGUGUUUGGUAAUAGUAUAUAAAGACGACACGUACCCAUGUUACUUUGAUCUGAUAAAUUAAAAAAAAAAUUAUGUCAAGUCAUAGUUUUA